AUGAUAUGCGCCGAAACUCUGUCUAUGAAUUGGACUCAAAUCAAGGAUUGCAUCGAUGGCUCACAUGGAGACCGAUUAUUAGUGGCUCAUUCGCACCGGACAUUCAAUUUAUCGCCUCAACACCACUUCAUUCCCUGGAUUAUUGUCGACGGAACCCAUACUCAAGAGUUCCAACAGAGAUCGCAGAUGAAUCUCAUGCAAUACAUGUGCGAAACCUAUCACAACAAUCACGUAUGAAAAC